UCGCAUCGAAUUAGCAUCAGUUCAAUUCUGGAAGUUGCGCAAAGUUGUUUGCCAUGAAGUUACUGUUAGUCAUAGUUCUGUUAGGAGUAUUUAACCACUCCGCUGAAAGUGGAAGUGUAGCUUUCGGUAGCCGGUGUGCAGGUGAUAAGCUGCUGUACUCGUGGCGUCUCAGCUCCGGUCCACUUCCAGAACCGGGCAGUAUCACACUCCACUUCGACUACAGCACCAGCAAUCACAUUUUCGAGCGUGAAUACUUCACCCAGAUAGAGUUCGAACGACCGGAUGAUCUGAUACCGAACGGGUUUGUGCGCAAUCGGUUCAAUUCCAGCUUCAUGGAAAUGUGGCCCAUACGACUCGGUGUUACGGAAUGGUGGCUUCAGGGGAAUUUGUAUGGAUUCGAUUCGGAACCGUUUCCGGACAAUUGUAGUUCUUAGAUCGUUUGCGUGAAAUAUAUUUUUAAUACAUAGGUACACAGCAGAUCUUAGUCUUAGAUGAGAAAAUAAUCAUUUGAAUGAUAGUCUUCACUCGUCCAACCUUCUGUGGAAGGGAAUGUGGAUUCCAUAGAAUCAACAGGACCUUCUGACGUGUAUGUGGAUUCCCAAAAACCAUCAGAUGGUGUCACAACACCAUCGAGGUAGCGGAAACAAUAGGAGCAGACACUUUCGCAGCAAGUCGAACUUAUUUCUCCGAGGUAGCUCUGAAAAAUAACCGUAGAUUUAGGUCUGCAACGCAUUGAUAAAAAAUACUUUUAUCAAACCAAUUCGUUCCAGUUGAUGUAGGAGACUUCCAACGGAAGAAAUGCGAAGUAGUCACACUCAGAUCUGGCUUCUAAAACGGAAUCGAUCUUUCUCCGACAGUUCUCUCCUGGGACCUCCUUUUGAAGCGGGAUUCCGUGAACGGUUCCGGCAAUAGCAAUUGCAACAAUCGUGGCUACCGAUAUUCCAAUCAUCUUUUCAGAUUAUUCAAAAGCUUUAGUUAUCCUGUCGGGGCGAUUGAGCAGAGUUUAGUGAAAAACAACUUCCAAUGGAGAGGUUUAUAUAUUCUACAAAAACAAGCUUACCUAGCUGUAUCCAGAUCUUAAAUUUUGUUUAUGAAUAGCGAUGCCUUUUACUGCUUAGUUUAAUGGUUCCAUAAUAAAGGAAACCUAUCCCCAUUCUAUGGGCCAGAAACCUACAUUUUCAGAGAAAAACAUUUCCCGAGAUGAGAGCUUGAAUAAUGAAUUUCAAACUAGAAACUAUUCAUAAAUUUAAAAAUAUGAUAAUUUCACCCUCAUCUAUGGUCAUUAACAUCGUAACAAAAACAUUCGAAAGCAAGCUCUCUACUACAAUCAUCCGUCAUCAUUCGUCUUUAUCAUUAUCAGAACCAUCAGCGAAAACACAACACCUCACAAAUAAGAUUCUCAGAUCAGCUGGCUUGCUGCCGAGGAACGUGCCGGGGCAAAAAUGUGGAAUUUGUGACAAAUUCCGAGUAGUGAUAAGAGCUACCACUGUCUAUAUCUCUCUCCGGAAGCUGAUGAAUUUUAAAGAGCUUACAAAUUUGUCCCCACUUCUCGGGCAGGGCGAGCCUUUUAAGUUUGCAUUUCAUCAUUGCUCCUUCCUAGCGAGAUACACCUACCGUCAAAAAUACUAGAUAAGGCGCAGAGAGUCUUAACUGGCUCAUUUUCAUAAGUCUUGAAUAACAAAAUGAUACCGACUGUGUAACAGUCAAACGGUUCUUCCCGGGUGAAGUCAUUUGAGAAAGCAGGUCUAAUUUGGAAUGACAUUAAAUUUAAAUAUUUAUGUUUUUCGAUUGUAAAUGUUGAAAGUCCAUUACGUUCUAUGUAUGGACCUGAUCUAAACUGACUAAAAUGCCCGAAAAUCCAUCAAAUUACCAGAAUGAUUACUGUGCCCAAAAUGAUCAAAAUGAUAAAAAUAAUCAAAUUAUCCAAAUGGUCCAAAUUCAAAAAUGAUCAAAAAUAGACAAAAAAUGAAAGAAAUGACCAAAUGACAAAAAAAAAAACGAAAAUGCUAAAAAAUGGCAAAAAUGGUUGAAAAAGCAAAUGAACAAAAAUGAUCCAAAUGCCAAAAAGUAUAAAAAUUAAAAGCAUAAGAACAAAAAUGCAAAAAGACAAAAAAGACAUAAACGACAAAAAUUGCCAAAUGAAAGACUAACAAAUAUGACAAAAAUAACGAAAAUGAAAAAAAUACAAUGAUGAUAUAAUGAUAAAAAUGAAAGUGAUGACAAAUAUGACCAAUAUUGCAAAAAAUAACAAAAAAUUACGAAAACCACAAAAAUUUCAACACUAACAAUGAUGAAGAAAAUUACAAUGAUAACUUAAAUGUCAAAAAUGCCACUAAUGACAAAAACGGAAAAAAGGACAAAAGUGA